CCCCGCGGCGGCUCCGCGCCCGUCGCGUCCGGGGCCCGCGGGGCCAUGGAGGAGUUCCGGCGCUCGUACGGCCGCGCGUGCCGGGAGCGCGGCGGGGAGCCGCAGGAGGCCGUGCUGCAGCGGCUGCCGCGGCUCCCGCGGGGCCGCCUGGACCUGGCCGCGCUCAGCCUGACGGCCGACACCUGCGCGGCGCUGGGCGCGCUGCUGCCGAGCCAGAGCCUGUGGACGGAGCUGGUCCUGAGCGACUGCAUGCUGAGUGAGGAAGGGGCGGUCCUGCUGUGCCAAGGGCUCUGUGCCAACACCGUUGUGCAGGUCCUGGAUCUAAAGGGCAAUAACCUUCGAGCUGCAGGGGCCGAGGCUCUGGGAAAGCUGCUCCGUCAGAACCAGUCCAUUCAGAGCCUCACCCUGGAAUGGAACAGCCUGGGCGCUUGGGAAGACGCCUUCGCUAUCUUUUGUGGGGGCCUGGCAGCCAACGGUGCCCUGCGGCAGCUCGACCUCCGCAACAACCAGAUCAGUCACAGGGGGGCGGAGGAGCUGGCCCUGGCCCUGAAGGGCAACACCACCCUGGAGCAGCUAGACCUGCGCUGGAAUAACAUCGGGCUCCUGGGGGGCCGGGCCCUGGUGAGCUGUCUCCCCAGCAACAGAACCCUGUGGAGACUGGACCUGGCUGGGAACAACGUCCCCGGGGACGUCCUCAGAGCUGUGGAGCAAGCCAUGGGUCACAGCCAGGAUCGACACGCUGCCUUCCAGGAGAACCAGGCCCGCACACGCACCCUUAGCAGGGAAGUCCAGCACCUCCAGGAGGAGAAGUCCAGGCAGUAUCUCAACUUGAUGGAGACAAUCGAUAAGCAGAAAGAAGAGAUGGCCCGGAGCAGCCGGGCGGCCGCGGCGUGCGUGGGGCAGCUUCAGGAGGCCCUGAGUGAGAGGCAUUCCAUCAUCAACGCCCUGAAGGCUAAGCUGCAGAUGACCGAGGCUGCCCUGGCUCUGUCGGAGCAGAAGGCCCAGGACCUGGGAGGGCUGCUGGCCACCUCGGAGCAGGAGCGGCAGAGCCUGGCCCAGAGGCAGGAGAAGGAGCUCCGGCUGGAGCAGCAGGAAGCCGCCGAGCGAGAGUCUAAGCUCCUCAGAGACUUGUCUGCGGCCAAUGAAAAGAACCUGCUUCUCCGAAACCAGGUGAGCGAGCUGGAGCGGAAGGUGAAGGCCCAGCAGGAGCAGCUGUUCCUGACCCGGCAGGAGCUCACCAACACCUCCGCCGAGCUGAAGAUGCGAGCCCUCCAGGCCGAGGAGCGCCUGGACGCGGAGAAGAGAAGAGCCAAGCAGAGCCUGGAGGACCUGGAAAGGCUGCACGCCAAGGAGGUGGAUCACAUGACCCGCCACCAGGAGGAGAGCGAGCGGACCCUGCAGGAGAGGGUGCAGCGGCUGGAGGCCCUGCGGCUGUCUCUGGAGGAGGAGCUGAGCCGGGCGAAGGCGGCGGUGCUCAGCGAGCGCAGCCAGGCCGAGGAGGAGCUCCUCAAGGCCAGGAGCCAGGCCCGGCUGGAGGAGCAACAGAACCUGACCCACCUGGAGGAAAAGAUGCGGCUGCUGGUGCAAGCCAGGGAUGGGGCUCAGAGCACCUGCCUGCAGCAGAAGCAGGCCGUGGCGGAGGCGCAGGCCCGGGCGGGGCAGCUCAGCCUGCAGGUGGAGGGGCAGCGGCGGCGCCUGGAGGAUCUGCAGCGGGAACUGAACGACAAGGACCAGGAGAAAGUGGCAGAGGUGAACAGGGUGCGAAUGGAGCUGCAGGAGCAGAUGGGCCGCCUGCAGGCUGACCUGGUGGCCCAGGAGGCGCUGAGGGAGAAGGUGACGGCCUUGGAGCGCCAGCUGAAAGUGCUUGCAGGUGAACACCGGGCGGCGCUGCUGGACAGGGAGAGCGAGAACGCGGCCCUGCGGGAGAAGCUUCGGCUCAAGGAGGCGGAGAUGGCGCGCGUCCGCGAGGAGGAGGCCCAGAGAGCCAGCUUCCUGCAGAACGCCGUCCUGGCCUACGUGCAGGGGUCCCCUCUGAGAGCCUUGAGUCCCCCGAAGUGAGCGGGCCUGGGACCGCCGCCGGCCCAGGGCACCGCCCCCCACCCCGCUCCGGCCCGGCCCAGCCCCGGACGUGGGCUGCAGUCGGCCUCGCCGCUGCACAGCUGGAAAUACAG